AAGAAGAAUUCCAUAACUAAAUUCGCCGCAGAUAAAAUCCUCAAAAUCAACUAAAAGCAUCUUUAAAAAUGCUUCUACAGCAGUGAUUAAUUCUCAAUUGAGUGUAUGUACACAGGAAGCUGAAGCUAAUUCGAAGGGAAAUCAAUCAUCAUCCAUAGGGUUUCAGCAGAAUUUUUCUUUCUUAUUUGUCAGUUCUCAUAGGAACUCUUGCAGCCAUGAGAGCUCUUUUCAAACAGACUGUUGACAAAAGAAUUUCUAACACAGACAUCACAGUUGGUGAAGUUAAAAAAGCAGCUCUUGGUCUGAUUUCAAAUGUUCCUGUCCCAAUUCAUUCUACAUUUCUUGCUGGGUGUCCUUAUUAUGAUUUGUGCCCAGGACUUGUUACAAAUGGACAGUUAAUAGAGGCUCUUUUCUCUGCAAAAGAAGCUCAUAGAUUACUUGCUAAACUCUUCCAAAGAAAGUUUACUCAUAAUGUUCAGCAGCAGAAUGAAGAGCACAAUGCAAUAGUUGAUUCCUUGAAGAGCAUUAUAGAUAGUGUUGAGAAUAUUGGACUAAACUUAUCAGUUGCUAGGGAAAUUUUGCUAUUUGAUUCUAUAUCACGGGACUUGAAAGAUGUCAGGACCAUUAAAAAUCCACUCAUGAUUCGCUUUAGUGGGUUUCACGUGUCAAGAGGGGGGCUCGACACUCAACUGGUGGAAGGCAGGUGUUGGCAGAUGAGCAGACGCUCGUUUUGACGUGGGAAAGAAAACUUGAUUUUCAGAAAUUCACGCCACACUCUCUGCAUGUACCCUUCUUCCCCAGAUUCUGAAAAAUCUCAUUUUCUCCUCCUUCUCUCUAAAUCUCCUUCAUCUUCUCUCUACGAAAUCUCACCCUUUCUCUUCUCCGAUCUUCGUUCAGACACCGUAGAAGCACUCCCGGCGUCAAGAGCUUCCAGAUAAACCGUUCGGUUUGUGAAGCUGAGCUGGUAAGUCUUUCUCUUCACUUAGUCGUUCGUUUUCCUAGACAUGCAAACCCAGUUCUGGUUUCAUGUGUUGAUCACCAUUCUCCAAAUGAGUGGUUCUAGAGUGUUUUGGUUUUACUUGGUGUAGUUUGAAUUGUCGAGCGUUGACGGUAGAAGAACCUGUAGUGGUGAAAUUGUAUUUCUGCCUCUGGGAACGUUCGGUCACGCUCAGAGAAGGAGACGAGCUGUUGGAAGAGGCGCUGAAGAAAGAUAACUUAGUAGAGGUAGAAGUUAAGACCGAACCGUAGAACCGUUCGGUCAAUAGUAGUCUGAUAGUAAGGUGAUCGCUCGAUUACCUUUUCCCUUUGCUUUUGUUUGGACCGUUCGGUAUAGGCUUUUGUAAACCGUUCGGUUAGAAUUACUUAUGACGUUCGGUUUUUAAUUUAUGGUCUUUCUGUAAGGCCGUUCGGCCACGACCGUACGUUCUCUUUAAUGUAAGACUAAUCUGUAAUAUUAUUCAAUGUAAUUAUUCUAUCAUAUAGUUUUAGAUUGUAUUUUUGGGAUGUUACAACGCAGUGUUAUCUUCACAACACUCUUCAGGUUUGAUUUUUAUCCCACAGUCCUCGGGAAAGUAAAUAUGUUCAGACGAAGGCAUGUAAUGUAUCUUAUUUCAACAAAAUUUGCAGUUGCAGGUAGGAAUCAUCCAUGAAAUGAUUGGAAGCUGAGGCUGAAACCUAUCGUAGCACCUAUAUGUAUUUGUGAGUUUCUGCAUUGGUGGAGAAGGCAAAAAUAAUUAGAGCUUGAAACAACAAGCAGACAGAGUAAUGAGAUCACAUCUCAAUGAGUCUUCGAGACCUUCAUGGAAGGACUAGAUCACGUAAUAAAAAACCCUAUAUGAAUUAUUUCAUAACAAUAAAAUUUAUAUAGGUUAAGAAAUAAGUCACAGAA